UGGCAGGACGUCCGGCUUCCAGCUCGUAACUUUAGUACUGUUAGCAACCAAAGAGAGAAUUAAAUAUGGGUGAUAUUGAGAAAGGCAAGAAGAUUUUUGUUCAGAAGUGUGCCCAGUGCCAUACUGUGGAAAAAGGAGGCAAGCACAAGACUGGGCCAAAUCUCCAUGGUCUCUUUGGAAGGAAGACAGGUCAGGCUUCUGGCUUCUCUUACACAGACGCCAAUAAGAACAAAGGCAUCACCUGGGGAGAAGAUACACUGAUGGAGUAUUUGGAGAAUCCCAAGAAGUACAUCCCUGGAACAAAAAUGAUCUUCGCUGGCAUUAAGAAGAAGGGAGAAAGGGCAGACUUGAUAGCUUAUCUCAAAAAAGCUACAAAUGAGUAAUAGAUGGCCAUUGCCUUAUUUAUUACAAAAGAGAAAUAUCUCACGGCUUUUUUUAUGUGUACUAUAAUUUAAUUGGUCUCAUUUACCAGAAUUCAGAUCAUGAAUGAGUGACAGAAUAUUUUUGUUGGACAGUCCCGGUUUAACUAAGACUGGCUUGUGGUUAAAUGAAUAUGAUCGGUUUUUUGGAUUUUGAUAGUGAUUCCAGUUCAGUAAAUGCAUCACUGUUU